GUCACUCAAAUCCCCACAAAUUCAAUCUAAAAUCAACACCAAAUUGGGACCGGACCGGAUCAAGACCGGAUUGUAUCCAAUCCAACCUUUGGUCCUUUAUUCUCGAAAAGACUGGAUCAAGACCGAAUCAAUUUGGGCCAAUUUAACCGAACCGGACCGUAUAGCCACCCCUACUUAAGCCACUUACUCGACCUGUCUAACAGGAUACCGGGUUGACAACCUUGCACAAACAGCUGAAAGUCGAAAACGUCAUCGUUUGACGUCACAGAGAGUAAGUAACCAAGUAUCGAUCGGUUCUAGACUUCCGCCAUGCAAAGCGGAUUAGGGUUUUCUAUUUUGCUUAGAUCCCUCGGCACUGAAUCUCAUCAUCCUCACCUCAGAAUCGACAACAAGGCUCAGUUAAUCGAACCCUUGUAGCAAAGCAGCAUUUCAACAAAUGAAGCCGGUGCGCAGAUCGAUCGCCGAUAGAAUCAGCGACCUUCCCGCCAAUGUGAUUGAGCAAAUCCUGAUGUCGUUACCCGUCAGAGACGCGGGCAAAUCGAGCAUCCUGUCCAGCAAAUGGAGGCACCGCUGGAGAAGCAUUCCCCAGCUGGUCUUCGAUUUCGAUUUCAACACCUACGACGACGAGAGAGAGCUGAUGUUGAACAUCUCCAAAGCUCUGCUGGUCCACGACGGACCGAUAACCAAGUUCGUCCUCGCCAUGCCCGGGAUAAACCCUUGUCAGGAACUCGAUCCAGUGAUUCUUCACGUUUCCAGCAAAGGGGUCCGUGAAUUCGCCCUUUACUUCAGCGACGAAGUGAUCCAACCCGGGUACCGUCAGAACAUUCAUUCUUCUCUGUUCUCUGUUCGUCCCCUGAAUUGCCUUAAGCUCUGGAACUGCGAAUUCGUGCCCCCUUUUGGGUUCGUAGGGUUUAGUGAGCUCACCCGUCUCGAACUGAGAACGGUAACCGUGCCUAAUUAUUUCUAUCACGAUUUCCUGCGCAAGUGCCCGCUGCUUCAGGAUCUGAGGCUUCUGGACUGUGAGGGUCCUACUCAUGUUCAAAUUGAUGAAGCUCCAUGUCUGAGAGUGUUUCUCUAUAACCGGGGGUAUUUAGAGGACAUUAGCUUCUCGCGAACUCCGCUUCUUUCGGUUGUUUCGAUUCAGUUGCAGCCUGGUGAUUUCAAAUUGAACGAAUUCGACGAGGCUAGAGAUGUGAUCGCCGUAUUUGCUUCUCUUGCAGCACUCCAGAAGCUGUAUGUCAGCUUUGAGUUCCUUAAAUUCCUUGCUGCAGAGGAUAUCCCCUCCAAGCUGCCUACUGCUCUCCGCCGAUUGAGAGUCCUCGACGUUCGCAGUAAUUCUCACACCACUUAUUUCCUUGAGUCGAAGGUUCUGUUUUGUCUGCUCAGGAGUUCCCCCAACUUGCGCAGACUGACAAUUCAGAGGCAAUUCGGAGUCAAGUUUCCAACCAGACCAAGCCAACCGAUGUUUUUUGAACCUGAAUCCGUUGACCAUGAUGCUGCGUCUGAACUCUCGGACGAUCAUGCUGAAGAUCAUUGUUGUCCGUCUCUGGAAGAGGUGAAUAUGCAGUGUAGUGAAGGCUCGAAUUUUGAGCAGGCACUACUCAAGUUUGUGCUAGCAGAGGCCCCAAUGCUUCGCAGGAUAAUCAUCAAGCCUAAACCUGGAUUGGAUUGGGAGAAAUGUUUCAAGCUCUUGAAGGAGGUUACACACUGUCAUCGUGUUUCAGAAGAAGCAGAGGUCGUAUUGAUGAGCUAUAAGAAGACGGUUUGGAGCAUGAAGUUGGCUGAUAUGUAGUUUUACUGAGGAUUCGUAGACGUAGACGAAAGUAAUUUUCUCCACCCUACUGUUCAGUAAGCCUUUGGCCUUCCGAUGGAUGAGAUGUGUUUUCUUGUGAAUGACGUUAGGGUUUCUAGUUUAGCUUACAUUUUUGGUUCUCCAGAGCCGGGAUAUAUAAUGCCCUAAACUUAGUUGGAGCAGCUAUGGGCUCUUAAUGCGUGCUAAUGCGAACCGUAAUAGCUAAUAAUGUAAAAUUAACAAU